AUGGCGUGCGCCGAGUCUGAGAACCAAAGUCGACGAUGCCCCAUGGUAUUCGAUACCGGAACAUCGCACCCAGCUACCAUCUGCUGCGCUGCUAUGGUAUUGCUCCCAAAGACAACCUCUGUUACCGAGGCGUCCGACAUGUUCCACCUGCGUUCUCUCUUGGAUAUUCCAAAUGUCGAGGCAUAG